CCCAAAUAAAGGAUCACCACACCUCCUCCUCAGGCAACCCACUCGACCAUGGCUCAAUCCUCCACCGCCGCCGCCUCUCGCCAAUGAGAUUUAGGCGAAAUCUCUGUGCUUCUCUAUUCACGCCCAAACCCAACCAGAAACUGUCUAAUACCCUUCUUAACCCUUUCAUGGCUACACAAACCCUAAACCUCUCUUCAGCGUCUCCGCCGACUAACGGCCACGACACCAACGACGAUGCCCUCUGCUCCUCCGCAAUUACCACUCCUCCGCCUUCCGCGCCGCUCGCCACUGCUUUGGACCGGCCUAUUGGGCACCUGACUGGAGAGGCCCGCAUCGAGCGGGCCUGGGCUCACUGGAACAGGCUGGGCCGGCCAAAACUCAUCGUCGCCCCCAUGGUCGACAACUCCGAGCUGCCGUUCCGGCUUCUCUGCCGGAAGUACGGCGCCCAAGCUGCCUACACGCCUAUGCUCCAUUCUCGAAUUUUCUCUGAAAAUGAGAAAUAUCGUUCACAAGAGUUCAGCACUUGUAAGGAAGAUAGGCCAUUGUUUGUGCAAUUCUGCGCUAAUGAUCCGGAUCUUCUGCUUGAGGCAGCGCAGAAAGUUGAGGCUUACUGCGACUACGUUGACAUUAAUUUUGGGUGUCCCCAGCGUAUUGCUAAACGAGGAUAUUAUGGAGCUUUCCUGAUGGACAAUCUUCCUCUUGUGAAGUCGCUGGUGGAAAAAUUAGCUAAUGGCCUUAAUGUUCCCGUCUCAUGCAAAAUUCGGAUCUUCCCCGAUUUGCAAGACACGAUUAACUACGCAAAGAUGUUGGAGGAGGCAGGAUGUGCUCUUUUAGCAGUACAUGGAAGAACUAGAGAUGAAAAAGAUGGGAAGAAGUUUCGAGCAGACUGGAAAGCAAUCAAGGCUGUUAGAGAAGCAGUGAGAAUUCCUGUCCUUGCCAAUGGUAAUAUACGGCAUAUAGAAGAUGCGUGGCAAUGCAUGGAAGAGACCGGAGUAGAAGGGGUCCUUUCGGCCGAGCCUCUGCUUGAGAAUCCUGCUCUGUUUGCUGGUUAUCGAACUUCGGAAUGGGUCUCGGGUCAUGAAGAAAUAUGCAAAGCUGGGGAACUCGACCAAGCUCAGCUGUUGGUGGAGUAUUUAAACUUCUGUGAGAAGCAUCCGGUGCCAUGGAGGAUGAUCCGAUCUCACGUUCACAAGUUACUGGGAGACUGGUUCCGAAUUCAUCCACAUGUAAGAGAGGAUCUCAACAAACAAUCCAAGCUGACGUUCGAAUUUCUGUAUGGUAUAGUCGACCGACUUAGAGAGCUUAAUGCCAGAAUACCACUUUUUGUCACGGAUUAUAAUCGCAACAACACAUCUGUUGCUCAAACUUAAGCACGACUCUAGAUCCUGACCACCUCAAGAUUUGUUUAGCAGCAUUGCAAGGUAAGUUACUAAUGAGAGCUCUAUACUUCAAUUCUUACGACACACGAAUUUGUAGAUGGUUUGUGUCGCUUCACUUGUUGUAAUCCUCGAAUUUUGUCGCCACUGAUGGGGAAUGGACCUUCCAAUUGUACCUUUAUAUGAACUAUAUUUGUAUCUCUGCUUGCUAUGCAAGGGUAAUUAUACUGUUAGUUCUUGGAAA